AUGCCUCCUAAGAAUAAGGGUAACAAGCGGCAAGAGGAGGACUGGGAAGCCGAUCUCGGCGAGUCUGCCCCCGCCGGUGCUCCCACCGACCAGCCCCAGGAUGCCGAAGAGGAGGAAGCCGCGGGCGGCGGUGGCCUCAUGGCUGCCUUGAGGAAGAACAAGGAGAAGAAGAAGAAGAAGGGUAAGGUCAACGACUUCGUUGAGGGUGAGGACCCUGCCGUUGAUCUCGACAGCAAGGCUCCCGAAGAGGGCACUUUCGAUGACGAUGAUGUCUUCGCCGGCAAGGCUGCGAAGAAGCCUAUCAAGGAUAUUCCUGUUCCCAAGGCCGAAGAGCCUGAGGAGGGCGAGUUCCGUGUGAAGUCCAAGAAGGAGAAGGAGAAGGAGAGAAAGGAGCGUGAGAAGGCGCGUAAGAAGGAACAAGCCGCCCAAAAGAAGAAGACUGCUCCCGCGCCCAAGACCGAGGCCGCCAAACCCGCCGCCGAGAUCAAGAAGGACGUGCCCACCCCAGCUGCCGCCGCGGAGGCCACCGGUGGUAAGAAGAAGCUCCCUCCUCAUCUGGCAGCUCUUCAGAAGCAGCAGGAGCUGCUCCGCCAACAGCGUGAGGAGGAGGAGCGGUUUGCUGCCGAACAGAAGGCCCUCGAGGAGGAGCAGAAGCGCAUCGAAGCGGAGGAAGAGGCUAAGCGCGAAGAGGCCCGUCAAAAGAAGCGUGAGCGUGAGCGUGAAAAGAAGGAGCAGCUCCGCAAGGAGGGCAAGCUUCUGACCAAGGCUCAGCGCGAGGCUCAGCUGCGCAAUGAGAUGCGUAUGAAGCAGAUGCUUGCCGCUGGUGUGGGCACUGUUGCCGGUCUGCAAGAGGGCGGUGCCGAGAAAAAGCGCCCCGUCUACGAGAGCCGCAAGAAGAAGGCCGGCAAAAAGCAAGAGGAGGAUCUUGAGGCUGCUGCCGAGCGUGCCCGUCUCCAGCGUGAGGCUGAAGAUGAACGCCGCCGCAAGGAAGCCGAGGAGAAGGCCAAGGCUGAAGCCGAGGCCGCCAAGAAUGUUGUUCCUGUUGUGGAGGACAAUAAUGCCGUGGAAGACUGGGAGGCCGCUGCUGAUGACGACCUUAAGGACAGCUGGGAUGCUCCCUCCGAGGAUGAGAAGCCCGCUGCCGAUCGCGAUGCUCAGGAUGCCGACUCGAAGGAGGAUGGCGAUUCUGAUGACGAUUCCGGUUCCGAUGACUCUUCCGAGGAAGACUCAGAGGACGAGGAGCAGUCUGCCAACCAAAGAGCUAUUGCACAGAGAAAGGCCGAGGCUGCCGAGCGGAGGAAGAAGCAGCACGAGGAGGCCCUCGCUGCUCGUUCCAAGGACAACCUGCGCUCGCCCAUUUGCUGUAUUCUUGGUCACGUCGAUACUGGAAAGACCAAGCUUCUGGACAAGAUUCGUCAGACCAACGUGCAGGAAGGUGAAGCCGGUGGUAUCACUCAGCAGAUUGGUGCUACUUACUUCCCCGUCGAGGCUCUUCAGCAGAAGACCUCUGUCGUGAACAAGGACGGCAAGUUCGAGUUCAAGGUUCCCGGUCUGUUGAUUAUCGAUACCCCUGGUCACGAGUCCUUCUCCAACCUGCGUUCCAGAGGUUCCUCUCUUUGCAACAUCGCCAUUCUGGUCGUCGAUAUUAUGCACGGUCUUGAGCCCCAGACUCUCGAGUCUAUGCGUUUGCUGCGUGACCGCAAGACUCCUUUCAUUGUGGCGCUGAAUAAGAUUGAUCGUCUGUAUGGCUGGAAGAAGAUCGAUAACAACGGCUUCGAGGACAGUCUGAACAUGCAGAACAAGGGUGUUCAGAACGAGUUCCGCUCUCGUCUGGAGGCUACCAAGCUCGCUUUCGCCGAGCAGGGUUUCAAUUCCGAGCUCUUCUACGAGAACAAGUCCAUGGCUCGCAAUGUGUCCCUGGUGCCCACUUCCGCUCACACCGGCGAGGGUGUUCCCGACAUGCUGAAGCUUCUCACUGAGCUGAGUCAGGAGCGUAUGACCAACUCCCUGAUGUACCUGUCCGAGAUUGAGUGUACCGUCCUGGAAGUCAAGGUUAUCGAGGGUCUCGGUACCACCAUUGACGUUAUUCUGUCCAACGGUAUCCUGCGCGAGGGUGAUCGAGUUGUCAUGUGCGGUCUUAACGGACCUAUCACAACCAAUAUUCGGGCACUUUUGACACCCGCGCCGCUCAAGGAGUUGCGUCUCAAGUCGGCGUACGUCCACAACAAGGAGGUCAAGGCGGCGCUCGGUGUCAAGAUUGCUGCCAACGAUCUAGAGCACGCCAUUGCUGGUUCCCGUUUGAUGGUUGUCGGCCCUGACGAUGAUGAGGAGGACCUCGAGGAGGAGGUUAUGUCUGAUCUGGAGAACCUUUUGAGCAAGGUCUCUACCGACUCUCGCGGUGUCAGUGUCCAGGCUUCUACUCUGGGUUCCCUUGAGGCCCUUCUAGAGUUCCUGAGGGUCUCCAAGAUUCCCGUGGCCAACAUCUCCAUCGGUCCCGUCUACAAGCGCGAUGUCAUGAUGGCUGGUGCUAUGUUAGAGAAGGCCAAGGAAUACGCUGUUAUGCUUUGCUUCGAUGUCAAGGUUGACAAGGAAGCCGUCGCAUACGCUGCUGACGUCGGCGUCAAGAUCUUCACUGCCGACAUCAUUUACCACCUGUUCGACGACUUCACCAAGCACAUGGCUGAGCUGACUGAGCAGCGCAAGGAGGAGAGCAAGCUGCUUGCUAUCUUCCCUUGUGUGAUCCAACCCGUUGCCGUCUUCAAUAAGAAGGACCCUAUUGUCAUCGGUAUUGAUGUGAUCGAGGGAAGCUUGCGGAUGCACACCCCGCUGGCGGCUCUUGUUACCAAUGGCGCCGGUGUGAAAGAGGUCGUCGACAUUGGCAGAGUGACAUCCAUCGAGCGUGAUCACAAGGCCAUCCAGGUCUGCAAGAAGGGUCAGCCAUCCGUCGCCAUCAAGGUCGAGGGUCCUAACCAGCCCCUGUACGGUCGCCACCUGGAAGAGAAGGACCUUCUGUACUCGCACAUCUCGCGUGCUAGUAUUGAUACCCUCAAGGAGUUCUACCGCUCCGAGGUCACGAUGGAGGAGUGGGGUCUGGUCAAGAAGCUCAAGCCCGUCUUCGACAUUCCUUGA